AGGAACUGGACCUUGGAAUGGGAAAGGGUGAGUGGGGUCAUCCUGGAUGUCUGGAGGCAAGCUUGGAGGUGGCUGAUUGCCUUAGGAGCUAUUAAUCCCUCCCCAAAAUUUGGGCUCAUUAGCCUGGGUGUAGCAGCCUGGUCACACCUUAAUCACACUUGGAGGUGGAAGAUGCACAGCGCAGAGGGCCAGGGACAGGAGCUUCCUCCUGGGGCACCUGUUAGCCCCGUGAGAUGUAACCAGGGGCUACCUGGCCCCAUCUGCCCCAGCUCCAGUGGCAGCUGGCCCGGGUGUCGCAUGGCUCAGCUCCCAGCAGAGGCGUGGAACUGUGGCAGGGCCUGUGGCAGCACAGUGCUGGGGGUAGGAGGAACAUUGAUGAAUUGAAUUGCUCCAGAGCUGCAUCUGAUAUGCCAGAAAUGGAGAAAAUUAGUCAUGAAGCGCUGCUCCACCCAUGGAGGGAAAGCUAACGGAGCAGUUUAACCCUGUGCAGGGGAGCCCUGACCUGGUGAUUGAUGCUCCAGGCCAGGGGAGCUGUGGCUGGGAUCUGGCCCCUCUCCAUUCCCUGGGCCACCCCUGUGUGGAGAUGCUGAGGAUGUCCCUGCAGUGAUGGGUGCUGCUCCCUGGGACCGGCCAGAGCUUGGGGACUGCGGAAGGGCCAUGUGGGCUGUCGGCAUCCUGGGCUGGCUGCUGCUGCCGGUGCCCCAGGUGACAGGUGCCCGACCCUGCAACCCCAAGGAUUUUGGCCAUGGGUCGGUGGUCUGUGUCUGCAACGCCACGUACUGCGACACGCUGGACCCCCUGGUCCUGCCGGGCCCCGGCUCCUACGUCAAGUACGAGAGCAGCAAGGCCGGCAAGCGGCUGGAGCGGAGCGAGGGGAGAUUCCAGAGCAGCCUGCGCACCCCAGGGCUGCUGCUGACAAUCAACAUCUCCACGCUGUACCAGCACGUGAAGGGCUUCGGCGGGUCCCUCUCCGAUGCUGCUGCCAUGAACAUCCUGAAGCUGUCACAGCCAGCCCAGGACAACCUGCUGCGCUCCUACUUCUCUGAGAGUGGGAUUGAGUACAACCUCGUCCGGGUCCCCAUGGCUUGCAGCGACUUCUCCGUGCGCCCCUACAGCUACGAUGAGGUCCCCGACGACUACGAGCUGAAGCACUUCAGUCUGGCAGACGAGGACGUGAAGAUGAAGAUUCCCCUCCUGCGCCGAGCCUUGGCCAUGAGCAAGCGGCCGCUGUUGCUGUUCGCCAGCCCCUGGACCGCUCCAGGCUGGAUGAGGACUAACGGGGAUGUCCGUGGGAAAGGCUCUCUGAAGGGGAAGGCAGGGGACAAGUACCACAAGGCCUGGGCCAACUACUUCAUCAAGUUCCUGGAUGAAUACGCCAAACACAAAGUGACCUUCUGGGCAGUGACGGCGCAGAACGAGCCGCUGGCAGGGCUCUUCACGCCCCCCCAGGCCCCCACCAUCGCCUUCACGGCCGCACAGCAGCGGGACUUCAUCGCCCAGGACCUGGGCCCCGCGCUGGCCCGCAGUCCCCACCGCACACAGCUCCUCAUGCUCGACGACCAGCGCAUCCACCUCCCACACUGGGCCAAAGUGGUCCUGGGAAAUGCCACAGCCGCCCGUUACGUGGCUGGCCUGGCAGUGCACUGGUACCUGGAUGCCAUUGUCCCGCCCGGCUGCAGCCUGGAGGCCACCCACAAGCUCUUCCCUGAGCAUUUCCUCCUCUACACGGAGGCCUGCACUGGCUUCUUCAUGUUCCGCUUCGCCGUGUCCCUGGGCUGCUGGGAGCGAGGGGAUCACUACAGCUACAGCAUCCUGACGGUCAUGAACCACUUUGUGUCUGGUUGGACCGACUGGAACCUGGCCCUGGAUCUGCAGGGAGGCCCCAACUGGGUCAAGAACUUUGUGGACAGCCCCGUCAUCGUGGAUGGCAGCAAGGAUGUUUUCUACAAGCAGCCCAUGUUCUAUCACAUGGGGCACUUCAGCAAGUUCAUCCCCGAGGGCUCCCGGCGGGUGGGGCUGCACAGCAGACGCCGCUGCCUCCUCUGCCAGCUGGAGCACGUGGCCGUCCUGCGCCCCGAUGGUGCCCUUGUCCUGGUGGUCCUCAACAGGUUUGGCCGGGAUGUGCCACUUGGAAUCCAGGACCCUGCCAUGGGCUUCAUCGAGACUGUGGCUCCAGCCCACUCCAUCCAGACCUACCUGUGGCGCCAGCAGUGAUAGCCAGAGGAGUGCUGGGAGGCUCUGGGAGGCUCCAGGGCUCAACUCUUCCUUCACCCUUUCCAGCAUCCCUCAAGGGUGGAAGGAGGUGGUGACCCAUUGCUGGGAGUGCAGCCCCUGCACCAGGGGCUCCAUGUGCUCCUGGCACCAGGGUCUGCCCGAGCCUGCUGCUUCCCAGCCUCCCCUCCCUGCCGGCACUUCCCAUCCCCCUGGAAGUUCCCCCUGCACCGUCUCCCGGAGCACACUUCCACACGUGGCCCCCUCGAACCCCUCGCGUGUGCGGCCAAGUAAAGCCAUGACGCGCUCCCUCCGGAAUGCGCCGUUCCCGUCAGUGUUUCCUCUACGCGCUCGGAAAUCUCUCGGCUUUCCUCGGCGGGGCGGCGCGGGGCCAGGGGUGCCCCGGGGGCUCCGGCCCUCGUGGCCUGCGGGUGGCUCCUUGUUUAUCCCUGCAGCUGCAGCCUCCAAAGCUGCCAGCCCUUGAUUCAUUCCAGAUGUGCUGUUGGUUUUCCCCAGCCUACUUUUUGGGGGAGUUUUAUUUUUUUUUUUGAAAUCCAAAUGUCAGACGCUGUCGGAAAGGCAGAGUAAAUGAUAUCAGUG